GCAGAGAUGGCCCAGGUGCUCCACAAGUCCAGUGGCACCUCGAGGCCACGGGACCCCAGGCGGGGAGAGGGGGCCUCCAGCCCUUUGCCCCCAGACCCUGCGAUGGCGGGCGAGGCCCGGGCCGGCGGGGACGCAGGGCUGCGCCGCCUCCUGAGGCUGCACCGCACGGAGAUCGCCAUGGCUGUGGACUGCGCCUUCCCACUGCUGCACGCACUGGCCGACCACGACGUGGUCCCCGAGGACAAGUUCCAGGAGACCCUGCGUCUGAAGGAGAAGGAAGGCUGCCCGCAGGCCUUCCACGCGCUCCUCUCGUGGCUCCUGACCCAGGACGCAGCUGCCAUCCUGGACUUCUGGAGGGUUCUGUUUAAGGACUACAAUGUGGAGAGAUACGCCCGGCUGCAGCCCAUCCUAGACAGCUUCCCCAAAGACGUGGACCUCAGCCAGCCCCGGAAGGGGAGGAAGCCCCCGCCGGGCCCCAAGGCCGCGGCGCUGCUGCCCAGACCCCCUGCCAAGAGGAAGGUUCCGGAGGAGCCCAGGGCCACCCCGCCAGCAGCACUGUCUCCAAGGGUCACCUCUAGCCCAGGCUCCCAGGCCAAGGCCAAGCCCAGGAAGCCCGAGAGCAGCGCAGAGCCGCAGCGCCUCCCGCUGGGGAACGGAAUUCAGACCAUGUCCACUUCGGUCCAGAGAGCCGUGACCGUGUCGUCCGGGGAUGUCCCAGGAGCCUGUGGGGCCCUGGAGGGGAUCCUCAUCCAGCAGGUGUUUGAGUCAGGUGGCUCCAAGAAGUGCAUCCAGGUGGGGGGGGAGUUUUAUACUCCCAGCAAGUUCGAAGACCCCAGUGGGGGGAAGAACAGGACCCGUAGCAGCGGCCUGAAGACCCUGGUCCGGGCCAAGGGGGCCCAGGCUCCUGCCCCCGAGGGUGGAGGUGACCCGAGAGCAGGCCAGCCGGGCAGGGUGCAGGCCCCUCCUGCCCUCCCCAGCGAGCCCCAGCUCCAGCAGAAGAACGAGGACGAGUGCGCCGUGUGCCGGGAUGGCGGGGAGCUCAUCUGCUGUGACGGCUGCCCCCGGGCCUUCCACCUGGCCUGCCUGUCCCCGCCGCUCCACGACAUUCCCAGUGGGACCUGGAGGUGCUCCAGCUGCCUCCAGGGAAGAGCCCAGCGGGACGUGCCCCAGGCCGAGGAGCCCCCACCCCAGGAGCCACCUGCGGAGACCCCGGUCCUCCUGGGACUGAGGCUGGCAGGAGAAGACGCGAAGGGCCCAUCCAGGGAGCCCCCAGCCGGGAUGGACGCUGCUGGCCCCUACAAGCACCCGCUGGCCCCACCUCCUGCAGCCCCGUCGCCGGUGCUGGAACCCUCAGCCCUGCGCCCCCUCCUGUGUGUGGGUCCCGAGGGGCAGCAGGGCCCGGCGGCGCGGUGCGGCGUGUGCGGGGACGGCUCCGAUGUGCUGCGGUGCACGCACUGCGCCGCCGCCUUCCACUGGCGCUGCCACUUCCCCGGGGGCGCCCCCCGGCCAGGGGCCCCUCGCUGCCGCUCCUGCUCCGGGGACGCGGGCCCGGCCCCCGGCGACGGGGCGCCCGCCUCGACCCCUGCCCGUGCUGCGCCGGGGCCUGCCAAGGCAGGUGACGGCUCCUCUGGGCACGAGCCGGUUCUACACAGAGACGACCUGGAGUCCCUCCUAAACGAGCACUCCUUCGACGGCAUCCUGCAGUGGGCCAUCCAGAGCAUGUCCCGGCCGCUGGCCGAGGCGCCCCCCUUCCCCUCCUGAGCCAGGAGGCCGGGGGUCUGCGGGGCAGCGCUAGGGGAGGGGAGGCCCCCCAGAUGCCGCCUCAGCCGAGAGAGAGCGGACCCCCUCCUGCCUCGGGAUCCACGGAUGCCGGUGCGUUCCCGCUCGUGCUCACGGUGACCUGCUGCGGGAGGGGCCGGGGGACACACUCCCCCCCCCACUGGGACCUGGCCAGGUUAGGACCCAGGAAACCUGGAAGGUCCGGGUGGCGUCCACGCUCAGCUCGUCGGCACGGCCCGUGCUCGUGGACACACUAGGCAUCGCGUGUCCUCAAAUAAAAAGCUCCUCCUGUGGGGUCUCGACAUGCUGUCCUGUGGGGUGUGUUUGCUCAGGCGGCUCUGGGCUCCCCCGCAUUUCUGGUGCCUGAAGGGUAGGCCGCGCCGGCGGGAAGGGAGCUCGCCGUAACGGGAGGGCCCAGCCUGGGUCCCCCCCUUACACUCAGGCUCCUCCUCCUGGGGACUUGAGCCCCUGAGGCCCUGACCCCCUCCAUCCGACCACGCCGUGGGCCACACAGCUUCGUGGGCUCCCCGGCCAGGCGGCACAGCAAUGACCGGAGUGGCUGCUGUCCAGGCGGGGCCCCGAGCUGUGACCUCCCAGCUGUCACGCGUCUGCCUGGUCUCGGCUCUCCUCCUGUGGGGGUGGAGGUUGGUCUUGCUUGUCCGGCACGGGAACGACGGCCACCUCUGUACCAGCCUGCGUGGCACGUCCAGCAAACCAGGAGCAGGCCCACGCUGGAUGAGCCAGCCGUGGACACCGGCGGCGGGGGUCCCGCCCUGCACCUUGCCACGUUGGUUACCCUCAGUGGCUCAAACGGUAGCCACUCGGUCCCGGGGGCCGGACGUCCGGGGUCCAGGCGAUGGGCAGGGCUGGCUCUUCCCAGGCCCUUCUCCUGGGCGUGUGGACACCUCCCUCAGCCCGGGGUCUCCCCUGGUGGCCCUCCUUGUCUCAUGGGGACCCUGGUCAGACUGGGUUAGGACCCACCCUCGUGACCUCAUUUUAACCGAAUCACCUCUGUAAGACCCUGUCUCCAAACGCCGUCACGUUCCGAGGUGCUGGGGGCCGCCGUGGAUGGCGGGUCACGGGGCCGCCCUCAGUGGGAGUCCUGGCGGGGGCGUGGCCCAGUGCCCCCAGCUCGGGGUUUCUUCUCAGUCCUUCAUCCGCCCCGCAGUAUGUCACCUGCUCCCUGGCUGUACCUCCCAUGUCCUGGGGCUGUGUUCUGGCGUGAGCCCGACCUCCCUGCCCUGCUGCACUGGUCCCCCGGAGAAGUCCCUCGCCAUUGUUAGCAAGUGUCCUGGAAACUUUUUUCUAUUUUUUAAAAAAUUUA